AUGCUUUCCAUGAUGGAAUGGGCCCGUCAAAAGGGAUACUCAUGGGAUUCUGUCUGUGCGGAUAUUGCCGAAAGUGGAAAUUUGGAUUUGCUCCAGUUGGUUCGUCGGGACUAUGGCUGCCCAUGGGAUGCAUCGACUACUGCCAUGGCUGCUCAAGGUGGCCAUUUUGGCUGCUUCUUAUGGGCAUUAAUGAAUGGAUGCCCUAUGAAUGAAACUGUAUGUGCCAUGGCGGCAGCUUCUGGUGACAUGCAUUCGCUGUCUUGGGCACGUAUCAAUGGUUGUCCUUGGAAUGAACGUAUUUGUGAAAAUGCUGCCAAGAAUGGUCAUUUGGAAAUCCUGCAAUAUGCCCAUGAGAAUGGCUGUCCAUGGGAUGCAGACACUUGUGCUGCUGCUGCCGAAAAUGGGUACUUGGAACUCCUACGAUAUGCUCAUGAAAAUGGCUGCCCAUGGGAUGAACUUACAUGUGCCAAAGCUGCUAUGAAUGGACAUUUGCAUAUUUUGCAGUGGGCUCGAGACCAUGGAUGCCCUUGGGACCAGUUGACCCUGCAGAUGGCCGAAGACACUGGACAUUUCGAAGUCCUACAAUGGGCCCGUGACAAUGGUUGCCACUAG